GUGUGAGUGUCACCCGUCGGGCAGGUGACAUCGCUUCCUGCCAGGCAGCACAACGCUGUCAUUGUCUCCUCUAUAACAACCAAAAUAUCUGUGGCCCAGUAAAGCUCGGCUUCCCGUGUGCAUCAGCCCCGAAGGGCGCAGACGGUCUGCUGGAUUCAGCAUGCACACGCGCUCGAGCAGGCGGAGCCGGUGCUGCUGUGCUGUUUGCUUCUCUGGUUCUGGUGGCAGCUGGAGUGGGACCUGGAAAUCGUUUUAGUUGACUCAAGGAGCAUUUGUCUUUCUCAGACACCUGAAGAUAAACUGGAAUCUAAGCCAAGCUCAAAUUAAAGAAGUUUUCUGAAAGAGGUCCCAGCUUAGGGCACAGAGCUCUUCUGAGCCUGGGGUUCAUUUUUCCUCCCGUACGUGCAGCAGAUAAAAAUGGGGCAUAGUCUAAAGCUGGAAACGUGGCCAGGGCAGGUUCCGAGCGGGCAGCACGCGAGGGAGCCGACGCGGUCCCUGGCUGCAGGGCUGGGCUGCUCUCCAGAGGAGCCGCACGGGGUUUAAUCAGCGCCCAGGCUUCACUAAUCUCUUUAGUUCAUUUGGCAAGUCGGCUGUUAACCCUGCACGGGCAGCGCAGUGCUGCCAGCAGCGGCAUUGCUGCUGUCCCCACAGCACGUGACACGCAGAGCCCAGGGCUCACACCUGGCAAGUCUGCAGAAUUCUUCGAAAUGCUGGAGAAAAUGCAGGCACCAAAGCUUGAAGAACAGAGGACUGGAAGCCAAAAACAUAAGGAAGACUACAUCCCGUACCCCAGCAUCGAUGAGAUCCUGGAGAAGGGCAGCCCGUACCCGCUGAUCAUCCUGCCGCAGUUCGGCGGGUACUGGAUUGAGGACCCCGAGAACCUCGGCACACCCACCUCCUCCGACAGCAGCAUCUGCGAGGAGGAGGAGGAGAACCUCAGCCCCAGCGCCUACGGCUACCGGCUGGAGUGCAAGGGGGAGGCGCGGGCCUACAGGAAGCAUUUUCUGGGGAAGGAUCAUUUAAAUUUUUAUUGUACAGCCAGUAGCCUUGGAAAUCUGAUCCUUUCUAUUAAGUGUGAGGAGACAGAUGGCACUGAAUAUUUGAGGAUUAUACUCAGGUCCAAAGUGAAGACGCUGCAUGAAAGGAUCCCCCUGGCAGGGUUCAGCAAGCUCCCCAGCAUCCCCCAGAUUGCAAAGGCCUUCUGCGAUGACGCCUCUGGCCUGAAGUUCAACCCAGUUCUGUACCCCAAGGCGUCCCAGAUGAUAGUGUCUUACGAUGAACAUGAGGUCAACAACACGUUCAAGUUUGGUGUGAUCUACCAGAAGUUCAGGCAGACCCAAGAGGAGGAGUUGUUCGGCAAUAAUGAAGAGAGCGCUGCCUUCAAGAACUUCUUAAGUUUUCUGGGAGACACCAUAACACUCCAGGACUUCAAAGGUUUUCGAGGAGGUCUGGAUGUCAGCCACGGGCAGACGGGGACGGAGUCUGUGUACACGGUGUUCAGGGACAGGGAGAUAAUGUUUCACGUCUCUACAAAGCUGCCGUUUACUGAAGGAGACACGCAGCAACUCCAGAGGAAGCGGCACAUUGGCAACGACAUCGUGGCGAUUAUCUUCCAAGAAGAGAACACGCCGUUUGUCCCGGACAUGAUCGCCUCCAACUUCUUGCACGCCUACAUCGUGGUGCAGGUGGAGAACCCCGGGGCAGAGAACAUCACGUACAAGGUGUCGGUCACAGCCCGAGAAGAUGUUCCCUCCUUCGGCCCCCCCCUGCCCAGCCCGCCCGUGUUCCAGAAGAGCCCCGAGUUCCGGGAGUUCCUGCUCACCAAACUCAUCAACGCCGAGAACGCCUGCUGCAAGUCAGACAAGUUUGCGAAGCUGGAGGACCGGACACGGGCAGCCUUGUUGGACAACCUCCACGAUGAGCUCCACGGGCACACACAAACCAUGCUGGGGCUGGGGCCUGAGGAGGACAAGCUGGAAAACGGGGGUCAUGGAGGCUUUCUGGAGUCCUUCAAGAGAGCCAUCCGGGUGCGCAGCCACUCCAUGGAGACGAUGGUGGGCAGCCAGAAGAAGCACCACGGCGGUGGCAUCCCGGGCAGCCUCAGCGGGGGCAUCGCACACAACAGCGGCGAGGUGACCAAGACCACCUUCUCGCCCCCGGUACCAGCAGCUGCCGCCAAGAACCAGUCCCGGAGCCCCAUCAAGCGCCGCUCGGGGCUGUUCCCCCGCCUGCACACGGGCUCGGAGAGCCAGGCGGACAGCAGGACGAGGUGUGACAGUGUUUCUGGGGCCCAGAAGACACCGGAUUUGGGACAUUCGUCUCAGGAAAUGAAAUCUGAAACCUCGUCCAACCCCAGCUCCCCUGAAAUAUGCCCCAACAAAGACAGGCCGUUCAUUAAGCUGAAAGAAAACGGGAGGUCGAACAUCUCCCGCUCCUCCUCCAGCACCAGCAGCUUCAGCAGCACGGCGGGAGAGAGCGAGACGCUGGAGGAAUAUGACAGUGUGGGCAGCCAGCCAUCCACAGCCUCGCCGUUCAAGCAGGACGUGUUUGUCUACGGAGCCUCGCCCGGCAGUGAGAGCCCAAGUGUGGCAGCUGCGGCCACCCCCGUCAUCAUGAGCAGGAGCCCCACAGCAGAUGUAAAGAACAGAAACUCUCCAAGGUCAAACCUGAAGUUUCGCUUCGACAAGCUCAGCCACGGCAGCUGCAGCACGAGCCACUAGCAGGGAGCAGGGGACAUGAACUUGCACACGAGAAUUUUUAUUUCAGCAAAGGGAAACUCUUCAACACCCUGUGGGAAAACGCAGGUCCCGGCCGCGGGCAGCAGGGCGCCCUCCACUCCCGGCAGCACCGCUGCGCCAGGAACAGCUGUCACCUUGUCACCAUCGCUGCCCUGGCAGGGACCCAGCCGCCUUCCCCCGGUGACCCCUCGCCAGCCCACACCCCGCACCCCUCCCUCUGCACCGUGGGAGCAGAAUGUCCCCAGGCACGCGUGUGGCUGUGGCCACAUCCGCUCCAUGGUGCCACGUCCCCUCCGUGGUGCCAUGUCCCCUCUGCAGUGCUGUGUCACCCAUGGGCUGUGGGUGCCGGGGCGGGGGACAGAGGGACAGCAGGACAGGACCCUUGUGCAGUUCGGGUGCCUCCGUGCUUUAUCUGGGAAAACAGGGUUUUUGUGUUUGAUUUUUGGUAGAGCAGGUGGUCGGUGCAAAACGAGGCGUUUGUCUGGCCCAGGGCAGCUCCCCUGCCCCUCGUUUGCCGUCGCUCUGCUCUGUUUGGAGACAAUGGGGCAAAACUCACCCCGCGGAGGGGUGCACAGCUCAGCAGCCGCCCCUGCGCCUCCCCCACCCGCCACCACAUCACCAAAUUUGUAGGACAGGUGCAGCCUUGUGCUCCGUACUCGGGUUCUGGCACCAGAGGAGGGUGUGUGAACCGGUCCCGGGGGAGCAGAAGCAGCGACUGGGGCCGACCCAUCCUUGUCAGCUGUGUCAGAAAUGGUUUAUAGAGCCUCCCUGCUGUUUCCUUGCCUGAAACUCCAAGCGCAGGCCUGGCAAAGAUUAACCAAAGCUGAAGCUGUGGUCUAUCUACCUACCAGAGCUGGUGCUUGGACUGAGUUUCCCCUGCAGGCUCAGCUUUACCCAAUGGGGUGGAUUGCCAGGCAAGCAAAUGCAUCAAACUCCAGUGAUGUGGUUGGCAUGAGGCUGCUCCACCCCUUGCAGAAUCUGUCCCUCUGCUUUGGAAUGUGCUCUUGGUUGUUUUGAUGGAUGAGGAUUAUGAAUUCUGCAAGGUGACUUCCCUGUAGCGCCCUUUUCCAAAAAAUACCUCUCUCACAAUGCCAAGAAAUCCUUUUGCUCUUUUCUGGAACUUUGUCUGCAGUUUACUCAAGUCUGUCCAUGGAUUUCGCACUGCUCACAGAUUUCCCUUACGAGUUUUUUGCAAGAUAGGCUGCAAUGCUGCAGAGAUGCUCCCUCCCCCUCACCACACGCUGUGACCUUUGCAAACCCCCUGAAAUGAGGUUCUCGCUCUCACGUGAAAGCAAUUCCUUGAGUUCAUUAUUCCUAUGAAAACAGAACUUUGAGUGCCAAAGUUAACUUUCCGCAGCUGGAGCUGCGAGGGGCACAGAAGUACCUGGGGGCGGUUUGGGGAGCCCCGUGCAGAACCGCUCGCCCAGCGGCCGCGGGGACUCCCGGGGAUGCAGCUCUGGGGACCGGCGCUCGCAGCACGAACCGUCGCCCCGUCCCUCCCCGGAGCAGAGCACCCAAACCCACCGCCAAACCCAGCGGCUCCGGCGGCGCCCGCGCUGCUCGGGUCACGCCGGUGCUGCCGCCUGCGCGUGUGAUUCACCCACCUGAGCGGAAAAGGCUGCGGCCCUGACGGGAGAGGAACCCGACUGGAGGAGGGAAACGUUGUGGAAAAGGCAGAGAGCAGUUUUGCAGGCGCUGAGCACACUGUAGGACCAGUAAACCCAGUAACCACCAGUGGGGACGAUUCCUCCUGCUUGCAGUGAGUUGCAUUUAAAUAGUUUAAAUCUGCAGGUUUUAUUUGAGAGAGGAGAAGCACAGUGUGCUCAUCCUGCUCCUUAGCUGGCUCUAGAUGUCUCAGGUACCACGUACUUUGCUGUUCAUCUCUUCUGUCUGACGAUGCUUUGGUAGCACUUUCAACCCCCCAGUUCUUUGUAGAAGCUUUUGGUCUAUUUUCUUACACCACACGGUGAAACACCGACUGGUGCAACAACGUGCUUGGAGGGUCUGGUCUUGGUUUUGCUUCUUUCCCCCGAGAAAUCGCUUGAUUCUAUAGACGUCGUCAAUCGCAUGGGUGUUGAUCUCCAUGAGAUCUUGCAGCAGAAGAUGCAGUGGCUACUGUCAGCUGGGUUGAUCAUUUUGUUUCUUUUAACUUGAAUCUGUGACUUUCCUUUUUGACCUGGAUUGAUUUGUGUAAUUAUUUGAGUGGGACUAGAGGCAGGACAGUGCGAAGGUUCGCGGGGAGAGCUGCGGUGUGCUGGGCUCGUUCCCCUGGGACGGCAGCGGGGCCGGAGCCAGGCUCCGGCGCGAGGUUUGCGGGGGCUCCCGCGUGUUCUGGGACGUUUCCAGCAGCUGGGCUGUAAAACCUGCUGCAACAUCCCUAAUAGCAACGGGGCUUCCGAAGCUCCUGGCCUCCAAAGCCAGGCUCAGCGUGGGCUCUGCCCGCUGCGCAGCCGCCACCUGCGCUGGGGUCCCUCUGCGCGCCCCCGAAUUGUCCCCGACUGUCCCUCAGCAGUGCUGAGGACUUGCCAGCGGUUGUGUUAAACCUCAGAGGCAUUUGCACUUCCAGCAGUGGGCGAAGGUGAUCCUGUAUAUAUACCGCAAAAUGUUUCAUGCUUGUAAGCAACACACACACAUAUACAUAUAUAUACAAGGGAUUUUUAUAGGUAGAAGAGAGAAGCUCCUUAACUGACACUAAAAUUGCUGGGCAGUGCAUCUUACUUGGCACGUACUUGCACCCUCUUGAAAUCCCACAGAGUCAAGCACAGGGUUACACCGAAGCACAACGCGAAAGUGCUUUCAUUUCUGAGUGAAAGGGGGAAUCCCAAGCACAAACUCCGUUUCUUUCCCAAGUUUUGAGGGUCUUAGGAAGGGCAGGGCAAGGGGCCAGGCUGUGUCGCUGGCACGGAUGGGCUCGCUACCCGGGGCGGAGGUUCCUCGGCUCUUUUGGCUUGGCAGCGCGCGGUGCUCAGCGCUGACAGCUGCGUUUGAACCCGGCUGCCGGGCAGGGCCGGGGCCUCCGCACAUCCCGCCUCGCGCUCCUGUGGCUUCGCUGACGUUCCAACUCCUGUUCACCAGAGCUGGCAGAGUCCGUCGUUCCCCAGUCCUAGAGCAUGCUUUCGUUAUGUUUUAAUGAAUGUAGCACUGCAUAUAUCCUCCAAAGGGAAACGCUGAAUUUAUAUCAUUAGAAUGUGAAGAGAGUUUAUAGAGUGAAAAUAAAUAUUGAAGAAAUGUAUCUGACAAAGUUUAUUUUUUAUGUAGAGAAGUGGUGCUUUGUAGUUCCUGGUGGCCUAUGUCUGUUGUAAAUAAUGUACAUUUAAUUUAUUGCUAUGGUAGCAGAUUGUAUUUGUUAUGUAUAAAACUAAAGGUUCACAAAUGUAUAUUUUGUUGCUUAAAUGUGUCUUUGCAAAAUUCACAAUAAAUAACAUAUUUUGUGUC